AUGUUGCAGGUCGUGUCUGAUAUUGAUGCCGCUCCGUGUCAUUUCCCUACAGAAAGUCUGGGGAAUAAUGAUGUGCGAGGCUUCAAGUCGAUCCCGGUCGCUCUAGACUCUCUCUCGACGACUGUUUCCAGCGACACCUUGCUGAGGGCUUGGGCUGUGGUCCUGCGCUAUUAUGCUGGCAGUGAUAUCAUCUGCUUCGGCCGGGUCGACGACACCACCGACGCUUCGUUGCGGUUUGCUUUGUGCCAUGGCGACAUUCCCAUCGACACGGCCCUUGAGGCAAUUCAGCCUUCAGCGUCGGAGCUUGCGGGUGACUCGUCGACAUCCGCGUCGCUUAAAGAAUGGAUGGAAUCUAAAGCUUCCAUCAAUUCACUAGUGUGGAACUCCUUGGCUCAGGUAUCCGAAUCACAUUUGCAAGAUCUGCAAUCCGCCCAGUGUCCUCUUGCCAUAUUCUUCUCCUCUACCUCCGAACAACAGGUCACCUUGGCCUACGCAUCACAUACCAUCGGCGAAACCAUCGCUUCGUCUGUAGCAGAGGCAUUGGCCCGUGUCGUGAACGCUAUAAUUGACGCACCUCAAACUCCUAUUGGGGAGCUGGACCUCUUCGGCCCGUCCUCAUGGAACCAGAUCCAUGAAUGGAACAACACCGUCCCGGAUAUGUUUGAGGCAUGCCUUCACGAGUUGAUCGACGAGAGGGCAACCACCUGCCCCGACUCCACAGCCUUGGAAUGCUGGGACGGUUCGGUCUCGUAUGUGGACCUGGUAGACUAUACUUCCCGGCUGGGUAAUUUCCUUAUCUCCCAGAAUGUCGGGCCGGACGUCUUCGUUCCUGUCUGCUUCGACAAGUCCCUGUGGGCCGUAGUAUCCAUGCUGGGUGUACUCAAGGCGGGCGGAGCCUUCGUGUGUAUCGACCCGGCACAGCCCAUAGACCGACUGAGCACGAUCAUAGAAGAAGUAGAUGCGAGAAUCGCCUUGGCUGCACCCGAGCACUGCGGCAAGUUGUCCGAGGCUCUUCCCCAGGUCAUCGCCGUUGACUCAGCCUUGAUUCACCAGCUUCCUCCUUGCCCCGAUCUACCUCGCCGUGCCUCGCCCCAUGAUGCCGCCUAUGCCAUCUUCACCUCCGGCAGUACUGGCAAGCCAAAGGGUAUCGUGCAGGAACACCGAGCCGUUUGCUCCAGUGCGAAGGAACAUGCCAGCCGCUUGAACAUCAAUCCCGAAACCCGGACGUUCCAGUUCGCCGCAUACACCUUCAUUGUCAACACCUUCGAGCUCUUCACCCCCUUGGUGGAGGGUGGCUGCGUGUGCGUGCCCUCGAAGGAGGAUCGACUGGGUCGUACCACUGGAGCUAUGCGCGACUUGCGCGCAAAUUGGGCUUGUUUGACACCUUCUUUCCUCCGGUCCCUCAAGCCUGGCGACCUGCCCGAUCUGAAGACCCUCUUGUUGGCUGGAGAGCCGGUCCAGCAGGACAACCUUGACACCUGGCGCAGCCGCGUGCAGAUGCUGAACAUGUACGGUGCCAGUGAGGCUUCCGUCUGUGUGACGGGGGAUCUCUCGGGCCCCGUUGGGCGAUCGACCAUCGGCCGAGGUGUCGGCGUCUGCACCUGGGUUACUGACGUUUCAGACCACGACCGCCUGGCCCCUAUCGGUGCGAUUGGUGAAUUGGUCGUGGAAGGGCCUGUUCUCGCGCGUGAAUAUAUUCAUCUACCGGACAAGACUGCCGCUGCUUUCAUCGCGAAUACUCCGUGGUUAAAGAACAUUCGCGGUGAGGAGCCCCUGUAUCGAGCUUACAAGACUGGUGACCUGGUCCGAUAUGGAUCCGACGGCCGAAUCAACCUGGUUGGCCGCAAGGACAUGCAGGUCAAACUGCGCGGCCAGCGUAUCGAACUGGAGGAGGUUGAGUUCCAUCUGCGCCAGGCUCUUCCCCGAGGUCUCGAGAUCUCGGUGGGCUUGGUCAGGCCUAGUGAUCAGCCUGACCGGCCGUUCCUUGCUGCGUUUGUUGCUCUGAGCAAGGGAUUCGCUGACGGUUUCAACCUGAUUGACCAGGAGUCUGCCGAGAAAAUCGAUUCGCUGACGGCGGACUGGAAGGCUCUCGCCGCCCAGGCCCUCCCAGGAUACAUGAUCCCGUCAACUCUCGUUAAGCUGAAGCACAUGCCGCUCACGGCGUCGGGCAAGACGAACCGAAAGUCCCUCACGGAUUUUGCCUCGCAGCUUACCCUCGCAGCUCUAACGGGUGCCACCAAGGGCGAACGCAAGGAGCCUGCGACGACAACAGGAAAGGAACUCCGCAAGAUGUGGGCUGGGGUACUGGAGAUCUCAGAGGAGACAAUCUCCGCUGAUGACAGCUUCCUGCAGCUCGGCGGUAACUCCAUCGACGCCAUGAAGCUGGUUAACGUGGCUCGAGACGGAGGCAUCGGGCUGAGCGUGGCGGGAAUCUUCACGCACCCGACGCUGGACAAGAUGGCCGAGGCCUCUUCCACGAUGGAGCAGCUAGCCUUUGAGGAUGUUCCGUUCUCACUGCUUCCAGAGGGAUCCAAUGACGAGGAGCUAGUUGGUCUGGCUGCGAACCAGUGCGGCGUCGACAAGUCGGCCAUCGAAGACCUUUACCCCUGCACGGCCCUGCAGGCCGGAUUGCUUGCCCUGUCAGACAGCCGGGACGGUGCGUACGUUGCACAGCAUUCCUUAAAGCUUCCCGCCGCCAGUGUGGACCUAGACAAGUUCAAGCAAGCGUGCCAACAGGUGGUGACGGCGCACCCUAUCCUUAGAACUCGCAUAAUCUACCCUCCUGAGUUCACCGCGCUGCAGGCCGUCCUCCUGGGCGACAUCGACUGGCGGUCGGCCGAGACCCUCGAGGAAUACCUUCAAACCGACAAACAGCAGCCCAUGAAGGCGGGCGAUGCUCUCACGCGGUACGGCCUCGUUCCUGACAGCGAUGGCUGGACUUUUGUGUGGACGGUGCACCAUGCGGUCUACGACGCGUGGACGCUGGAACUGGUCUUCGACCGCAUCGACAAGGCCUACAAGGGCCAGGCACCUGAGAAGGACACCACCUUCAAGCAGUUCAUGAGCUACGUGGUCAACACCGACGAGCAGGCUGCGGACGAGUUCUGGAGGCAGUACCUGAAGGGAGCCGUCCGCACCGAAUUCCCUUGCGUGGUCUCGACCGCGAAACAGCCCGUUGCCGACGCCUCCCUGCACCGUGAGAUGAAGCUCAACCGGCCAGAGCAACUGUCCGGCAUCACCAUGCCUUCUAUAAUCCGCGCGGCCUGGGGAAUGAUCGUCGGAUCCCACUCAGAGUCCGACGAUGUCGUCUUCGGCGGCAUCGUCUCUGGGCGUAAUGCGCCUGUCCCUGAUGCGGACCGUCUUGUGGGACCGGGCAUUGCUGCCUUGCCCGUACGAGUGAAGGUUCCCGAAUCUGAGUCUUUGACCGUCUUCGACUUUGUUCGUAGCGUGCAGUCGGAGGCCACGGCAAUGAUCGAGUUCGAACAGACCGGUCUGCAAAACAUUAGCCGUCUCAGCACCGACGCCAACUCCGCCUGCGACUUCCAGACCCUGCUGGUCGUGCAGCCGGCGAAGGAGAAGGCGGCCGUCCUUGAGGAACCGGACCUGCGCAACGUGUCCGAGGCCAACGCCAACUUCGGUACCUACGCCCUCACAUUGGAGUGCAGUCUCAAGGCCGAUGGGGUCUCCUGUGCCGCUCACUACGACUCCGAUCUCAUUUCUGAAGACUAUGUCGAGCGUGUUCUUGGACAACUUGGGCAUCUUCUAUAUCAGAUGUGCUCCUCCUCUGGCGACAAGAAGAUGAGUGACCUCGUCCUCCUUGGUCCUCAGGAUUUAGCCAACAUCCGCGAGUGGAACCAGGAAAUUCCAGGUCGGAUAGACAGAACCAUUCACGACCUCAUUGGAGAUCGCAUCGCUGAGCGCCCUGAUCACGAGGCGGUUUGCUCCUGGGAUGGCUCCUUCACGUAUUCUGAGCUCGACCAGCAUUCGGCUCGUCUGGCGCGUCGUCUCGCGCAGUCCAGCGUCGGCCCCGAGACUUUUGUUCCUUGCUGCUUCGAGAAAAGCCGAUGGGCGCCGGUGGCUAUGCUGGCCGUGCUACGGGCCGGCGGUGCCUUCCUGAACAUCGAUCCAUCGCAGCCACCGAACCGCAUCCAGCUUAUGAUCCAGAAGCUGAAAGCUAAGACCAUCGUCUGCUCGCCCCGGCAAUAUGAGCUCUGCGCAUCCUUGGGUGACUACGACGUCGUGGUCCUCGACGAGCAAUCUCCAGAUGCAGCUAUCCCGGAGACCGUCCCCGUUAACGCUGUUGGUCCCGAGAACGCUGCAUACGUUAUCUUCACUUCUGGAAGUACGGGAGAGCCCAAGGGAACGAUCAUCCAGCACGGAUCAUACUGCUCUGGGUCAACCACUCACGCACCAGCGAUGCUGAUGGAUCGUGACACGCGCGCCCUGCAGUUUGCCUCAUUCACUUUCGAUGCAAGUCUGGUCGAAAUUCUCACCGUGCUUAUCAUCGGUGGUACGGUCUGCUUCGCAUCAGAGGAACAGCGCAAGCGCGAUGUUACGGAGGCCGUUCGCAAUCUUAACGCAAACUGGGCCGCCCUGACGCCGUCUUUCGUCAAUUUGAUCAACCCCGACGACGUCCCUGGACUCAAGGUACUGAUCCUGGCGGGUGAGGCUAUGUCGCAGUCCCACCUGGAAACCUGGGCCCACCGUGUGCGACUCGUGAACGGAUACGGGCCCAGUGAGUGCUGCGUGGCCAGUACAUCCAAUUGGGAUCUAACGAUCAACUCAAGCCCGCGCAACGUCGGCCGCGCCUGCUCAGGUGCGUCGUGGGUCGUCAUGCCUAACAACCACCACCGACUGGUCCCCGUGGGCAGCGUCGGAGAGCUGGUCAUGGAGGGAUGGAACGUCGGUCGGGGCUAUCUGGACGAGCCCGAGAAGACGCAGGCCGCGUUCGUCGAGAACCCCAGGUGGCUCGACCCCACCGAUGACACCCGGCCACCGAUGGUCUACAAGACCGGUGAUCUGGUCCGUUACAACCCGGAUGGCACCCUGCGAUUCGAACGCCGCAAGGACACGCAAGUCAAGCUGCGCGGUCAGCGUGUAGAGCUGGGUGAGAUCGAAUACCGGAUCAAGCAGAGCCUGCCCAACAAGCCCGAUGCCGUCGUCGACAUUGUUUGUGCUAAGGAUGCCGUCGAUCAGCCUCGCCUGGUUGCUUUCCUCCCCGUUUCUCGCGAGGACGCCAUGGAAACCCUCGUCGAUGUGGACGCGAUCAUUCCGCCACCGGACGAGCACCACGUCGCCGCGCUUUCCGGUCUGGAGGACCGCAUGGCCGAUUUCUUGCCGAUGCACAUGAUCCCCAACACCUAUCUGCCCGUGUACUACAUUCCCAAGUUGCCCUCUGGCAAGGCGGAUCGCAAGACCCUAAAACGUGUGGGUGGCCAGCUGACCCACCGAGAGAUGGCCCAAUAUUCCGGCACCACGGAGGAGGCCCGUCCACCGACCACGGAGAUGCAGCUCACUCUGCAACAGCUGUGGGGUGAGUGUCUUAAGAUGUCCGCGGCCCAGAUCAGUCUCAACGACAACUUCAUCCGACUGGGCGGAGACUCCAUCACCGCCAUGCGGCUCGCCUCCGCCGCGCGGUCGCGGGACAUCCCUCUCUCCACGGCCUCUGUCUUCCAGCACCCUACUCUGGAGGCGAUGAGCGCCGUCGCCGAGACCCUGACGCAGCAGAAGCUGCCCCAGACAUUCGAGCCCUUCUCCAGCGUGAAGUCCAUUCCCAAGGACAAGUUGCUGGACGACAUCGUCCUGCCCCAGGUCGGAGUGCCGGCAUUCCAGGUGGAGGACGUCGUGGAGGCGACGGACUUCCAGACGCUCGCUAUCAAUGGCGGUCUGAACCAGACCCGCGGCUGGAGCAACUAUCUGGUGUUUGACUUCAACGGUCCCGUCGACCUGCGCCGACUGCAGAAUGCCUGCGAUAAACUGGUGGCGCAGCAUGCGGUUCUCCGCACCGUCUUCGUCACCACCGGAUUCCAGCUGCUGCAGGUCAUUCUGCGGUCGUGCACACCCGAGGUCACCUUCCACAUUCAAGACGAUCAGGAUCCCUCGGAAGCGCUGGUGCGAGAGGACCUUGCCCGUACGCCUCGCCUGGGCGAGCCCAUCGUGCGGUUCAUGGUCGUCAAGAACGGCGCCGUCAAACACCGCGUUAUCAUGCGCGUUUCUCACGCCCAGUACGACGGCUCGUCGAUGCCGCUGCUGAUGCAGGACCUCGGCGCUGCGUACAAGGGUGAUGAGCUCACGCCGCGACCGCAGUUCUCGGACUUUGUGCGCAUGCAGCUGCACACCAGCGACGGGGCCGAGUCCUUCUACAAGGAAAUGCUGGCCGGGUCAAGCAUGACACAGCUGGUCUCGCACUCCAAGAUGUCGACCACCAACGUUCUGAACACCAUGAUUGUCGAGAUGGUGCCGCUGAUAGCCUUCAAGGAGCACGGCAUCACCUCGGCGACCGUGGUCAAGGCUGCCUGGGCAAUGACUCUCGCGGAGAUGGCCUGUACGUCGGACGUGGUGUACGGCCACAUGGUGUCGGGCCGCAACCUGCCGCUAAAUGGCGUCGAGUCUGUCAUGGGUCCCUGUCUUAACAUCGUCCCUGUGCGGGCCAACAUGGAGACCAUGGCGACCGUGCAGGAGCUGCUGCAGUUGAUCCAGCAGCAGCAGACCGACACCAUCCCACACGAGAGUCUCGGCUUCCGACAGAUCAUUGAUCAGUGCACCAACUGGUCCAAGGAGACUCGCUUCAGCACCGUGUUCCAAUACCAGGAGUUCGGCGGCGAAGACGUGACUCAGCCCAUCACCAUGGAAGGCAAGACCACAGUGGUGCCUGGAUUUAUCUGCCCUUCGCCAGAUGCCUGCGACAUGUCAAUCCUGGCCACACCGGUAGGCGAGCAGGUGCGGAUUGAAAUGAUUUUCUCGACUCACGCUAUGUCUCGAUCGUUCGCGGAUGCCACGCUGCAGAAGCUGUCGGCGCGAAUCAAGGAGAUUGCCCGCACGGGCGUCGAGGGAAGAAUGCCAUCAUUUGUCGGCGAACCUCAGAUUCCUUUGCCGGAGCCUGGCCGUCGCAUGACCAACGGAGUCAAUGGAAUGGUUGGACAGAUUGUCAACGGCAUCAACGCGCAGAAUGGAGUGAAUGGCGUCAGUAAUGGAGUGAACGGAGUCCACGAGGAAAGCGCGCCUGAGGAAUCGUAUCACGUGAACUUGCUGGCCUCGGUGCCCCUCUAA